CACCUCCAGCUUUGCAUUCCCUUCUUCCUCACUUUGGACUCUGCAAAUACAGUAGUCUCUGAUGUGAAUAUAGUCAGCUAUGGUUUUGUUAUAGCAAGUGUCAUCUACAUAUCUACAUAUCACGUGGGACGAAGGUGGAUCUCCCCGCAUGUGUGGGGCUACACAACGUCAAACAUCUGUUUUGCUUUCAUUUGGGUCCUCUUGCUCUUGUUCAUCUCCCUGUUGUCAUCAUUUGGACCUCUAAUUCAUUCUCUUUCAUAGUGUAAACACACAACGAGGGCAAGAAUACUUCUAGUUUGCCAGACGAUAUCCCGCAUAUUCGGUUCAGUGCGCACCGAGCCAAGUGGCUCAUGAUCUGCAGAAAGUGGACGACGAAAGAUAGUUAUAUUCAGUGAUUCCCAUCUCGUCUACGACAUCUCACUUUGAUCUAAAACCUAAGUCAUGAUGGUUGAGAUCCAGUCUAUCACUUUUGAACAUCAUCGAGAGAGCUUGGGUAUUGGGGAAACAAACCCGAGGAUAUCAUGGUCAUUCACAGGAAAUGCACAAAAUUGGAUUCAAUCAGCUUACGAAUUGGAGAUCUCGCAUGGAAGUCAUGGUAGUAUCCAACCAGAGAAAUAUCGAGUCGAAUCGUCACAAUCAGUCCUGGUACCAUGGCCAAGCAAAACGUUGAAUGCCCGAGAUACUGUGCGAGUUAGGGUAAGAGCGUUUGGUACAGAUGGAUCAACCCCAACGGAUUGGUCAGACUGGAAUAGCCUCGAAGUCGGUCUUCUGGCCCGUGAAGAUUGGCAAGCUCAUGUCAUCGCCGCUCCCAGGACAUUGACACCUAGCAAAUCUUUGAGGCCAGCACUCUUCCGAAAAGAGUUUCGCUUGGAAAAACCAAUACGCUCAGCUCGAUUAUAUGUUACCUCGUAUGGUAUCUAUGAAGCUCACAUGAACGGGAAAAGGGUCGGAGACCAUGUCUUAGCGCCAGGAUGGACCGCAUAUAAGUACCGCCUGAACUACCAGACACAUGACAUCACAGACCUGUUGAAGCAAGGUGACAAUGCGAUAGCUGCUGAAGUCGGUGAAGGGUGGUAUUGUGGGAGAUUGGGAUUCAAUAGAGGAUGGAGAUGCCUUUACGGGGACAGACUUUCUCUCUUGGCCCAAAUCGAGGUCACCUACCAGGACAACGAAAUCAUGAGAAUAGGUACCGACAACUCAUGGAAAACGUCUGUCGGGCCUAUCAUCUCAUCUGAAAUAUACGAUGGGGAAGCUUACGAUGCAUCUCUUGAGAUAGACGGAUGGUCAUCGCCCGUUUUUGAAGAUCACCAAUGGUCUGGUGUCGAGGAGCUAGACUUCCCCAAAGCACAGCUUAUCGCACCAGAAGGACCUCCUGUCCGAAAGACCGAAGUUGUCAAGGCGCAACAAGUCAUCAAGACGCCAUCUGGCAAGUAUGUCGUGGAUUUCGGACAGAAUCUUGUCGGCUGGUUGCGUGUUCAUGUUUCAGGGCCCAAAGGGCACACCAUAUCCUUCACACACACCGAAGUCCUCGAGAAUGGCGAAGCAGCAACACGUCCGCUACGUGACUGUAAAGCAAAAGAUAGCCUCACCCUAUCAGGAAAGCCGAUUACCUGGAGUCCGAAAUUCACUUUCCAUGGAUUUCGCUAUGUUCAAGUCGACAACUGGCCCACAGCCGAGCCAAAAUUGUCAGAUCUCGAAGCAAUAGUCAUUCACACCGAUAUGCAGGAAACAGGUUCCUUUACCUGCUCUGACCCCAUGGUCAACAAACUCCACGAAAACAUCCGCUGGGGGAUGCGCGGAAACUUCGUUAGCAUACCAACCGAUUGUCCCCAACGAGACGAACGGCUCGGCUGGACGGGAGAUAUCCAGAUUUUCUGCCCUACAGCCAACUUCCUCUACAGUACCACGGGCAUGCUCUCAAGCUGGCUGAAAGAUCUAGCGGUAGAACAAAUCCACGAUCUCAACGGCGUAGUCUCAGUCAUCGUCCCAAACAUCUUGCCAAAAGGAUACACCAUGCCUCAAGCAGCCUGGUCAGACGCUGCAAUAAUGACACCAUGGGAUCUAUACACCUCAUCUGGCGACAUCUCCAUUCUACGAACUCAACAUGAAAGCAUGAAAAUAUGGCUUGAAAAGGGCGUUGCUCGACAAGAAAACGGACUCUGGGAUCCAAAUGGUCAUCAAUUAGGAGACUGGCUAGAUCCAGCCGCACCUCCCUCUGAACCCGGAAACGGAAAAACAGACCCCCAUCUUGUAGCCAAUGCCUACCUCGUGCAUAUAACCCAUCUCAUGUCGCUCAUCAGUAAUGUCCUCUCCCUCUCGUCCGACGCAACACACUACGCCAGCGAAGCCGAACGCCUCAAGAAGCUAUUCCAAGACGAAUACAUAACACCCAACGGCCGCCUCGCCCCGGACUCCAUGACGGCCCUCGCCCUCGCCAUAACAUUCAACCUCUUCGCCUCCCCCACACACCUGACCUCCGCAACCACCCGCCUAUCAACCCUCGUCCGCACCUCCAAAUUCCGCAUCGCCACCGGUUUCGUCGGCACACCGCUCAUCCUCCCCUCUCUCACCAAAGUCGGGAAAGUCCAGCUAGCGUACAAAAUGCUGCUCCAGACCCGCUGUCCGAGUUGGUUGUACCCGAUUACUAUGGGUGCUACUACAAUGUGGGAACGCUGGGACUCAAUGCUUCCAAACGGGAGUAUCAAUCCAGGCGAAAUGACAUCCUUCAACCACUACGCUCUCGGUUCCGUCGGGGCAUGGCUGCAUUCCACCGUUGGCGGCAUUUCGCCUCUGGAGCCGGGGUGGAAGAAGGUUCUUUUUGCGCCUAGGCCCGGAGGGACGGUUAGGACUGCUCAAGCGAGGUUUUUGAGCCCGUAUGGGGUGGUGGGGUGGGAAGAGGGAAAGAAGAAGUUCUGGAUGAGGGCUAGAGUUCCGCCGAAUACGACGGCGGAAGUCAGGGUGCCCGGAAGGGAAGAGGUGGUGAGGGUUGAGAGCGGAGAGUAUGAGUUUCGGAGUGAGUUUGUGGAAGAAGGGUGGCCGCCGAAGGCGAUCUAUGCGCCUUUUGCACAGUAUGAGGAUAUGGAUGAUUGAGUAUGAGAGGAUAAUCAAAAGUCUUUGUUAUCAGGUACCUACGCUUGUUCAGAGUUGGGAGAUGUGCGGAACAUUAAGUCCAUUUAAUAGUUCCUCCAAAUCAAAACUCAUAUUAAACCCAACACGCUCGAACAAACAAACAUACAAUGGUAUCUAUCACGCUCCCCUCCUAUCCC